AUGAAGCGGUUUCGUCGUCGUCGGAGCAAAUUGCCAAUUUAUACUAACAUUACUGCUUCGUUACCAUUUAUUGAAGUCAAUUUAAAUUUAACUCCACAACAAAUGUCUAUGUUUAUCAAUGGUCUCAAAUAUAUCAUACCAUGUCAAAGUCGAUUUUCUCGUAAACCUGUCGAACAAAUUGUUACUGAUCAAUAUCGAAGUAUAUCAGCUACAGUAAAGAAUUGCCUGAAAGAUCAUCGAACAUCAACUGCAGAUCAACGGGCAAACGAAGCGUUUCAAGCACUACAAUCUAUUUUACAUGAACUACAGCAGAAAAAGUUAUCAACAAAAUUACGAAAACGGGCAAUACACGAAUAUAGAAUUGUACAAAGUAUUCGAAGGCUUUUACACAACCGACCCGAUAUUGUUAUACGUCGUACGGAUAAAAGCAAAGUAUUCUAUAUUGGUAGAGCAACUGAUUUUAUACGCAAAGCUGAAGAAUAUAUGUUAAAAACGAAUGCUUACCAAGAAAUUAUCCAUGGUAGUUGUCCUCUAUCAGGCAUGCUACAUGCUGUACAAACAUUACUCUCAAGACUUGUGACACAGAAAGCUAUAACCAUCCAACAGCGUAAUAAAAUAUCUCCAAAAUUAGACCAAUUAGAACUUGGUCAUUAUCAUGGCCUACCGAAACCACAUAAACCUGGUACACCACUAAGACCGAUUAUUGCAUCGAUUCAUGCGCCAUCAACAUUGGUAUCGAAAUUUUUGAAUGGUUUAUUAGCACCUAUAUAUUUGAAUGUUGCUCGUGAAGCGACAUUUAUUAACGGUAUCGAUGUAAUUAGAAAAUUAGAAAAAUACAUUGCGACUGGUCAUUUUCAAACCACAACAAAAUUUAUCGUAAUUGAUGUGACUGAUCUUUACACAAUGAUACCACGAGAAGGUGCGUUACAUGCAUUGAUACGAUUUCUAGAAAAACAUUCUCAUCAUGGAAAAAUUGGUACAUUACCGAUUGAUGCUAUAAUGAGAAUGGCUCGUUUAAUAUUAGAUACGAAUUGUUUUGUUUAUAACAAUAAGUAUUAUAGACAAAUACGUGGCGGUGCUAUGGGUUCAGCAUUUACACAAGUGCUUGCUAAUAUCUAUAUGUAUGAAUGGGAGGAAGAUUUAAUUCAAUAUCAAGCAGCACACAAUGGAAUAUAUGGAAGGCUAGUAAAACAGUUAUAACAUGAGACAGAUUGACUUAACUGAUAUGAAUCUUUUGUAGAUAUAUCGAUGACAUCUUCAUAGCAAGUAAUCAAGACACAGAUGCAAUUAAAAUAGAAUUUGAAAAAGCAGCCAUAAAAGAUAGUAAUAUCAAAAUUAACUAUGAAGUCAGUACAUCAGUUAACUUUCUGGAUCUUACUAUAACCAAUGUGGAUGGGCAAUUAAAAACGUGUCUCUAUCACAAAAUAACCACUGAGCCAUAUAUAUUACCAUACACAUCCGAUCAUCCACGACAUGUUCAUCGCAACAUACCAUUUGCUGCUUUAUUACGUGCUGCUCGUAUUUGUUCCGAUGUGCAUGAUUUCAACAGAGAACGUAUUCGUAUUGAUAUCUCAUUAUUGUUAAACAACUAUCCACCUGAUUUUAUAAGCAAACAAUUUAGUCGGUUCCUCAAAAGGAACAAUGCCAUACCUGUUUCAAAUGAAUUGAAUUCUAAAGUCUAUCAUCGGCUUCAUCAGCAAUUAUUGUAUCAACCGACACGACGUGAACAGCAGCUUAAAGCUAUGACACAAGAUCCGAUCCGAUCACCCACAGUAUUGCAACAGAAAAUAUGGGAUGCCAGCAUAAUGUAUCCACGUUAUCUCUUCGACAGUUCCACAUCUGCUGAGUUUCGGAAACAAUUUUACAAAUGGUGGAAACUUACUAUGCAAAUGGCGCAUCUCCUUCGCCGCACGUUAAAGUUCGACUAGUAGCUGCUACAAACCAAACACUUGAGACAUUCUUCAUACAUAAAAAGCCACCAAAACAAAUUCUGACACGUAUGGAAUAAGGCUAAACAUCAACUCUUCUCGUCCACUCACAACGGUAUACAAAAUGUACGAAAACAUCAAUAAAAAUAUUCUUUUGAUUACAAAAACAUCAUUCUAUAUGCUCUUAAAGAUUUAUCAAAAAAAAAUACUUAUUCAAGUUCCGAUACACUCUGAAAUUAGAUUGGUGGCGAAUUUUAUGGCGAUAUCAUAGCAUAGGCAGCAGAGCCACUAGGCCUGGGAAGGCACCAGUCUCCACUAUGUUGGAGCGGUAGAGACUUGAGUAGGCUCGAUUUAUUGCAUGAGUUUUCUAAAAUCGGUUAAUUUUCAUUUUUUUCUCCGACAGAUGAUGCCUUAUCAAAAGGUCAGUCCGAAUUUAAUCUGUUGCAAACUCAUGUAUAUAUAUACAAUGUUCAGUGUUUAUGUGUUUCUCUGUCCAAGGCAAAGGUUAAAGAUCAAAAAGGGCUAUACGAGCUGCUCUAUCGUGACAUCCAUAGGUUCUUUUAAAAGCUAUUAUAUAAUGAUACUUAUAAAUCCUCGAGGGCGUUACAUGACGAAAAGCAUAAUUCUCACGAGCUGCUUUUAUGGAGGCAAUCAUAGGUUCUCAAGGGUUAUUAUAUGGAAGUAUCCGCAAAUCCGAAAGGUCUACCCUAAAAAUAACCAUAAGCCUCCUCAAGGAUUAUCAUCGGAAGGUAUCGGUAGGUCCUCAAGCGAUAUUAUAUGGUAGUACCCUUAGGCCCUGAAGCGCCUUCUUACGCGGCGCAUAAAGGUUCUCAAGGGCUAUUAUAUUGGAGCGCCCAUAAGCCCUAAAGCAAGUAAGACAAUCUAUAGAUAGAAUGUUCAGUGUGCAUGUGUUUCUUUGUCUCGAGUGAAAGUUUGCAGAUCCAAUAAGGCGAUAAACGAGUAAGACUUCAAAGAAGAAAGAGAAUAAGGAAUUAAGAUCACAUAAGGAUAAGACUAUAACGUGGCAAGGAUAUAAGCGGAGACAGUAUAGGGAGUGGACGCUAUAAAGAAUUAUGGCCAUAAGGGGAUACGACUAUAAAGUGGUAACGCUACAAGGCCACAGAAGUAUAAGACAGUAGGAUAACAAGAAAGUACCUAAGGGGGACAUAAGACAACAGAGCAUCAGGCCAUAAGGGAAUACGACUAUAAGGUGGCAAGGCUACAAAAGGAUAAACUAGAAGGAAAAAGCAUACCUCAAGAAUUCAAGACUUCAAAAGACUUCAAUGGGCUUCAUCCAUAGCGACUUCAUCUCUUCACAGGGAUUCUGUGGACCUCUGAGCCCUUCAAAUGACUUCACAGGAAUUCAAAAGACUUCACAUGUCUUGACCGGACUUGAUAAAACUUAAAAAAAACCUUCCUAUGACUGCGCAAGAGUUCACAAGACUUCAGAGAUCUUCGAUAAGAAGGUUACAUGUUUCCAAAAACUAAAGAGAAAUUACAUGAAAAAUAUCUAACACGCAAAAAAAUAAUGAUUACUCCAUAAAACCUACAGAAUCUUCAUCUUUCCCACAAUUGUUUCUCGCAUAAAACGGACACUUAGAAUACAAAGGUGCCAAUGACACAAAGCGCUGAUGCGGUGAAACUUGAAAAAUAUUUACUGGUAUGCCGGUAUUCCAUUACACUAACCGGCGAAUGACCUAUCCCGAAUUUCCACUGCAAAUAAAAAACAAGACUAGUUUGUACAACCGCAAACCGUUUCUUCAUGAUACACCGACACAGGUAGCCUUUUUAUGUUCAUACACCUUAAGGACUGAUAUGAACACACAAAAGCCAAAAAUAAAGUGUAAUGAAAAACGUCACAUUCCAUAUAUGCAAAGUAAAUAAAAAAAAAUAUCAUCAAACCACAGUCCAGCUAACAGCGAUCAUACUUUAGCAGAAAAAUCAUCCUUCAAGUUUUCCCCAAAAAUAACGCUAAGAAAAACCCAACCGACCCCACUGAGGCGCCCAAAACCAAUCCGAAACAUCAACACUAUUUCACAACCAUCCUUUGAACAUUCACAGAUUGCAUGGGUAUCAAAAACAGCACACCGACUCAAGAAAACACGCUUUCAAACACAUGAGACUCCAAUUCACUUCCAAAAAACUUCCUGAUACACAUUAAACCUCAAUCAAAACACAGUUGAACUAAUAAACUAUUCAAAAUGCCACCGAAUCCCAACAAUACCUACUCACACCACUUCACAGUAACCGAUCAGCAACAUUCUACAUUCAUUUCAACUGGGCACAAACUUAAACUAAUGCAGGAAAUUGAAAUUCCGAAUUUGUUUGAUGAGUCCCUUGAGCAAGGACGAAACCGGUCGUAAGUUUGCUUGGAAUUUCUUCCAAUUUCAACACACCUUUCAUAAGACUACUGCGUCCAAUUAAGCUUCAUCUCAGCACUGGGUCAAUGUUGAGGGUCAUUGACUCUUAUAAUCAUCCAAAUGUUUGAGAUUUAACUUAAACUAAUGCAGGAAAUUGAAAUUCCGAAUUUGCCUGAUGAGUCCCUUGAGCAAGGACGAAACCGGUCGUAAGUUUGCUUGGAAUUUCUUGCAAUUUCAACACACUCACACCCACACCCACACCUACACCCACACCCUCACACCCACACCCACACACCCACACCCACACCCACACCCACACCCACACCCACACCCACACCCACACCCACACCC